CUCUGGAGAGAGAGAUUUACGCCUGAUGUUUGAUUUCCAUCCAGGAGAGGGAAUGUCAUCUGGGUAUUUACUUAUGAGUUGAAAUGUGCAGAGGUGCCCAGAGGAUGCCGUUCCCUGGGGAAAUGCUGCCAGGGCAGGGGGGCAGCCAGGCACUGUAAAUGGCAGUUGUUUUAAGGCAUUUGCUUAUUGGCACCAAUUUAUUUGCUUUGCCUUUGAAGAAAGCUCUUCAGAGCUUUGCCUCUGAAGAAAGCUCACCUUCAUGAGACACAGCCUUCAUUGUCUGAGGACAAAUCACUUAAUGAUGAAGAGCAAAUAAGCCAUGAACCACUAGUCCUGUUGCCAACCAGAGGACAAGUGCUGUGGUUUAGGUCUCCUGCCUCCACCCCCUCACCUGCUGAGCCCUAUAACUUUCAGGCUGGACACCCCUCCGGCCAGGCCAAAACUGCUCGGCUUCUCGCUCCGCAGGGUCCCCACAGAGACAGCAUGGCUAGCCAGCGCCUUUGUCUCCUGCUUUUCACUUGCCUGCUGGCCCUGGCAACAUCUCUUCUUGCGUUGGAGAUACAAAACUUGCAUCUCCUCAAUGGCACAACAGAUGAAAUUAUUAAUGUUCCCCCAGAGUCCUCCCAGCUAGGUAAUGAAGGCAAACAUGUUCGACAGGUCAGAGACAUUGCCCCCCACCCACCGGCAGGCCAUGGUUGGCCCAAGGACUGCAGCGAGAUCCCUGCUGGCAGCCGCAGCGGUGUCUACAUCAUCCAGCCAAAAGGGCUCCACCACCUCGUGGUGUACUGUGAAAUGAAUGUGACAAACGGGGGCUGGACGGUCAUCCAGAGGAACCAGAAAGACACACCAGUCACCUGGGCUGAGUCCUGGAGCACCUACAAGUAUGGCUUUGGGAACGUGCGCAGUGAGUACUGGCUGGGCACUGAGUACAUCCAUCAGAUCGCCAUGCAGAAGGUCUAUCAGGUCAGGUUUAUCAUCCAGGACUCCACAGACAACAUCAAUUUCGCAGACUACAACCUCUUCAGUGUGGAAGAUGAGUCCCACGGCUACCGGCUGAGGCUGGGCUCCUACACAGGGACGGCAGGAGAUGCCAUGACCUCAGACAAUCCCAAUACCAUGCAUGACAACAUGAAGUUCUCCACAAAGGAUCGGGAUCAGGACACUUACAGUAAGAACUGUGCCUACAGCUAUGAGGGCGGAUGGUGGUACUCAGCUUGUUAUUCUGUACGGCUGAAUUUCAAGGGUAGCAUGACAUGGGGCAGCCUUUGCAAAGGGAACUGCAAAUCCUCCCUUAUCCUCAUCAAACCAGCUCCAUAUUGUUAGUGCUUUUUCCCCCUCCUGUCCACACUGGACACUCUGCGAAGGCUCUGCAUGGCCUAAGAGCUUGAGCCUUUCUGGAGCAGAGGGAGGAGCCCAAGGGUAGUAGGGUUUUAGUGAAAUGCCACUUUCCAGUUCUCUUCUCUGAGCGCAGGCUCCCCCUCUGCUCAGCUCUUUUCCCCUGUGCUUGUCAAUGAUUCCUUGUUAUUAUGUUCAUAAUCAAGAACAAAAAAUUCACUUGUGAAAUUUGUGGAUUCCACAUGUACCUUCCCUGUGGGAGGAAGACACUGAGCCCUGGAGUGACUUUUCAUCAGAGUUUCUUAGCUGCCUCCAGAAUUCACAGCAAGCAAAAAAACUACAUGCCACAAAUUUCCGUAUACUCUGUGCCUCUCUGCAGUGUCUGGUUAAGCAUGCCAAUAAAUUUGCUUCCUUCAGCUCAUUCUUCAUUAAUGAAUGUCUGUUCUGUAACUCUGAUGUGCUCACACUGAGACGCCAGAAAUCCCAUGUCAGGUGCUAGGACU